CGAAGAAAAUAUUAUUAAUUAUAAGAAAGUUCCAUUAACUGUCUUAAUUCUUAAUUUCAUUACUUGUAUCUCCAAGAUCUUCUAUUAAUUUUAGUUACCUCUUAACUUAAUUUCAAAAUGUCUUCUGAUACUGCUCAAGUCAGUUCUUUACCAUUGCCACCGAUGCAAUACAUAAACUUUUAUACAGAUGAUAAUGUACGCAGAAAUCGUGCACCGCUUCCACCACGUCCUAUCCAUGAUUCUUAUUCAAUGUUUGGACAUGCCUUCAAUGCUGAUGAUACUAUAAUAAGAUCAUUAGAAAGCCAAGGCUUUCGUCGUUUAUAUCCUAUGCAUUUUGAAAGACGUCGUGAGCUAAAGAAAUUGAACCACUCCUUAUUAGUUAACUUUUUAGAUCUGUUAGAUUUACUAGUUCAUUGUCCAGAUUCGCCUAAGAGAGCUGAAAAAGUUGAAGACCUAAGCUUACUAUUCAUACACAUUCACCAUUUGCUGAAUGAGUUCAGGCCACAUCAAGCAAGAGAGACCCUUAGAGUUAUGAUGGAACUCCAAAAGAGGCAGCGGGUUGAGACAGCAAUGAGAUUUCAGAAACAUUUAGAUAAGGUACAAGACAUAUUACAGAAUGCACUCCAAAGUUUACCAGAUCAAAAUGAAAUUGAAUCAAACUUCAAAAUGCCAACUGAAAUAUUAGAACAAAUGGAUUGUAAUCCAAGUGCUAAUGCCAAAGUAGACUCUUGUUAUGAACUAGAUCUUAUAAUGUGUAAUAUAAUUGAUAAUAUGCGGUAAAUGCAACGCUACUAUUUUUAGA